GGGUGCUCAGCAGAUUGCUUCCUCCUAUCCUCAGACGGUCUUUGCAUGCAUGCAGCCAUUGGCACUCCCAUUGUAUGGAAGGAAACCAGCCCAGGGUCACACAGCUGGUCAGCAGCAACAUAGCUGGUCUCAAAUCUAAGGUGCCUGGCCAUGCCUCCAUGAGGGACCGCCUGCAAGGGAGGUUGAUCCUGGCUUUGGGGAGCCUUUCCUGGGCUGCACGAAUAACCUCCAUUGUUUGAGACCCCAAACUCUGCUCACAUCUUCCUUUCCCUGUCUCUGCUUGGGCUAUGAUCACGGUGACUCUAGCAACCCUUCAUGGACAUUAUAGUACUCUCUGCUAUUCACUUUUGGUCUAAUCUGACUUCAACCCCCACUUACUGGGUCUCUCCUUUUACAACCAACACAACCGAAAUCUAGGGCUUUUUUUUUUUUUUUUUUUUUUUUUUUGAGACAGAGUCUCAUUCCAUUCUGUCACCCAGGCUGGAGUGCAAUGGUACGAUCUCGGCUCACUGCAACCUCCGCCUCCCGGGUUCAAGGGAUUGUCCUGCCUCAGCCUCCUGAGUAGCUGGGAUUACAGGCGUGUGCCACCAUGCCUGGCUAAUUUUUGUAUUUUUAGUAGAGACGGGGUUUCACCAUGUUGGUCAGGCUGGUCUCGAACUCCUAACCUCGUGAUCCGCCUGCCUCAGCCUCCCAAAGUGCUGGGAUUACAGGCGUGAGCCACCAUGCCCAGCCAAAUCUAGGGCUGGAACAUGGCUGCAGCAUAUAAAUAGAAUUGAAUUCCAUAGUUUUGUUAACCCUGUUUUUUGUUUGUUUGUAGUUGUUGCUGUUUUUGAGACAGAGUCUCGCUCUGUCGCCUAGGCUGGAGUGCAGUGGUGCAAUCUCGGCUCACGGCAGACUCUGCCUCCCGGGUUCAAACUAUUCUCCUGCCUCAGCCUCCCAAGUAGGUGGGACUACAGGCGCCCACCACCACACCCGGCUAAUUUUUGUAUUUUAUUAGAGACAGGGUUUCACCAUAUUGGCCAGGCUGGUCUGGAACUCCUGACCUUGUGAUCCGCCCACCUCGGCCUCCCAAAGUGCUGGGAUUACAGGCGUGAGCCACCACACCCCAGCCCCUGUUUUGUUUUUGUUUUGCUUGUUUCUUAGGGUUGUUUUUCUAUUUAUGGUAAAGGCAUUGGCUUUCCAUUUGUAGCAUCAAUAGAAUAUUUCCUGUUAACAGUAACCUUAUGUCAUAGUAAAUGGUAAAGGGAUUUAAAGCAGUGGUUUUCAGCUGCCAGAGGCCUGAGUGAGUUUGGGCACACUCUGUGUGAUCGGGCAGAAGGCCUGUGGGAAGUUUAGCUGAGGACAGGGCCAGGAAAGGUGAUGGACAGUGGGGGUCUGUCCUGGUCACCAGGCCCCUGGGUCCUGCCCACCUGCUUGGAGCUCCCCACCCAUCACACAUGAUGCUGCCAAGCCCUCUGGGUAUUGUGGGCAAAUACCUUAGGAGAGAAGCUGAUGAACUUUGUUUCUUGAAAUGCACAGAUUCCUUGGACAUCCCUGAGAGAUCAAUCAUGAAAGUCAACUUGGUUUUCUCCCCCUCAUUUGAGUUCAGAAUUUAAAGUCCACACACACAGGCAGUAAGAUGAUAUAGAUAAGGACAUCAUCACUCGGUUUCGGAUGUUAAAAUGUCUAGGUGGGUUAGGGGUGAUUUGAGAUCACACAACCUUGUGCCACAAAGAGGAAUUCCCAGGCCGGAGGGAGACAUUUUAUUGCCAUGUUAUGAUCUUAUCAUUGAGUUGAAAGGCAAUCUUGUUUCAUUUUGGAUUCUUUCUUAUGUUUGUGUCUUAUAAGGGCACUUUGAAUUUCCAAGCAAAUAAUAAUUUUGAAUUAGCUUUUAAUCAUUGACUUCUAGCACAGUUAUAUGAUCAGAAACAUGCUGUGUGAUUUGAUUGCUCUCAAAUAUAUUGAGAUUUGCUGGAACAAAAUAAGUCAGGUUAAUUUUUGUAAAUGUACCAUGCAUGCUUAAAAUGAAUGUAUCUACAUUUGUUCCUGAGAUACAGGUUGAUGGACGGAUGGCUACAUGGAUGUGAUGGAGAUGGUUUACUAUCGGGACCUUCCGUAUCCUGCUGAUGCUUUGUUGCUUAGGAUAUGAAUGGCUGAGCGGAGGCUGUAAAACCUGGCACUCUGCUUGGGUAUGAGGUUCUUCCUGCCAUCCUGCCAUCAUUUGUUUUUUAUGUUUUGUCGCCAAAAGUGACCUUGAGGAACCCUGGGAGCUCAGGAAGGAAGGAGCGCCCAGAAGCAGGGACAGGGAGCUGGUUGGGGAGGACCAGAAAUCAGGGCGCCUGAAAGGACCAGGACAUGCGGGUGCGGUGGCUGCUCUUUUGGCUCCUCUUUUGGCUCCUGCUGGCAUUUAUCAGCCAUCAGUCCACCUGUGUGAGUGGACAGGUGCUGUGGCUGCUCUUUCGGCUCCUCUUUUGGCUCCUGCUGGGAUUUAUCAGCCAUCAGUCCACCUGUGUUAUCAAUACUCUGGCUGACCUUCGUCAUCGUGGGACUGACUUUGGUGGAAGUCCUUGGUUACUUAUCAUUACUGUGUUUCUGAGAAGUUAUAAAUUUGUCAUCUCCCUCUGCACAAGUUACCUUUCUGUGUCUUUCCUGAAGACUAUCUUCCCGUCUCAAAAUGGACAUGAUGGAUCCACGGAUGUACAGCAGAGAGCCAGGAGGUCCAACGGCCGUAGACAGGAAGGAAUUAAAAUUGUCCUGGAAGCCAUCUUUACUUUAUGGAGACAGGUGGAAACCAAAGUUCGAGCUAAAAUCCAUAAGAUGAAGGUGACAACAAAAGUCAACCGUCAUGACAAAAUCAAUGGAAAGAGGAAGACCGCCAAAGAACAUCUGAGGAAACUAAGCAUCAAAGAACGUGAGCAUGCAGAAAAGGAGAGGCAGCUAUCAGAGGCAGAGGAAAAUGGGAAAUUGGAUAUGAAAGAAAUACACACCUACAAGAAAAUGUUUCAACGUGCACAAGCGUUGCGGCGGCGGGCAGAGGACUACUACAAAUGCAAAAUCCCCCCUUCUGCAAGAAAGCCUCUUUGCAACUGGCUCUGUGCUCAAGCCCUGCAGAGGGAGAUGGCAGAGAGGAAGGCUGCCUACAAGCAUCACAGUCCCAUCCCUGUUGGUAACCGUGUUGUGCAAAAACCUAAUGCAUUAUGGCAAAUGGAUGUCACGCAUGUUCCUUCAUUUGGAAGAUUAUCAUAUGUUCAUGUAACAGUUGAUACUUAUUCACAUUUCAUAUGGGCAACUUGCCAAACAGGAGAAAGUACUUCCCAUGUUAAAAAACAUUUAUUGUCUUAUUUUGCUGUAAUGGGAGUUCCAGAAAAAAUCAAAACUGACAAUGGACCAGGAUAUUGUAGUAAAGCUUUCCAAAAGUUCUUAAGUCAGUGGAAAAUUUCACAUACAACAGGAAUUCCUUAUAAUUCCCAAGGACAGGCCAUAGUUGAAAGAACUAAUAGAACACUCAAAACUCAAUUAGUUAAACAAAAAGAAGGGGGAGACAGUAAGGAGUGUACCACUCCUCAGAUGCAACUUUAUCUAGCACUCUAUACUUUAAAUUUUUUAAACAUUUAUAGAAAUCAGACUACUACUUCUGCAGAACAACAUCUUACUGGUAAAAAGAACAGCCCACAUGAAGGAAAACUAAUUUGGUGGAAAGAUAAUAAAAGUAAGACAUGGGAAAUAGGGAAGGUGAUAACGUGGGGGAGAGGUUUUGCUUGUGUUUCACCAGGAGAAAAUCAGCUUCCUGUUUGGAUACCCACUAGACAUUUGAAGUUCUACAAUGAACCCACUGGAGAUGCAAAGAAAAGCACCUCUGCGGAGACACCGCAAUCGAGCACCGUUGACUCACAAGAUGAACAAAAUGGUGAUGUCAGAAGAACAAUGAAGUUGCCAUCCACCAAGAAGGCAGAGCCACCGACUUGGGCACAACUAAAGAAGCUGACGCAGUUAGCUACAAAAUAUCUAGAGAACACAAAGGUGACACAAACCCCAGAGAGUAUGCUGCUUGCAGCCUUGAUGAUUGUAUCAAUGGUGGUAAGUCUCCCUAUGCCUGCAGGAGCAGCUGCAGCUAACUAUACCUACUGGGCCUAUGUGCCUUUCCCGCCCUUAAUUCAGGCAGUCACAUGGAUGGAUAAUCCUAUAGAAGUAUAUAUUAAUGAUAGUGUAUGGGUACCUGGCCCCAUAGAUGAUCGCUGCCCUGCCAAACCUGAGGAAGAAGGGAUGAUGAUAAAUAUUUCCAUUGGGUAUCGUUAUCCUCCUAUUUGCCUAGGGAGAGCACCAGGAUGUUUAAUGCCUGCAGUCCAAAAUUGGUUGAUAGAAGUACCUACUGUCAGUCCCAUCAGUAGAUUCACUUAUCACAUGGUAAGCGGGAUGUCACUCAGGCCACAGGUAAAUUAUUUACAAGACUUUUCUUAUCAAAGAUCAUUAAAAUUUAGACCUAAAGGGAAACCUUGCCCCAAGGAAAUUCCCAAAGAAUCAAAAAAUACAGAAGUUUUAGUUUGGGAAGAAUGUGUGGCCAAUAGUGCGGUGAUAUUGCAAAACAAUGAAUUCGGAACUAUUAUAGAUUGGGCACCUCGAGGUCAAUUCUACCACAAUUGCUCAGGACAAACUCAGUCGUGUCCAAGUGCACAAGUGAGUCCAGCUGUUGAUAGCGACUUAACAGAAAGUUUAGACAAACAUAAGCAUAAAAAAUUGCAGUCUUUCUACCCUUGGGAAUGGGGAGAAAAAGGAAUCUCUACCCCAAGACCAAAAAUAAUAAGUCCUGUUUCUGGUCCUGAACAUCCAGAAUUAUGGAGGCUUACUGUGGCCUCACACCACAUUAGAAUUUGGUCUGGAAAUCAAACUUUAGAAACAAGAGAUCGUAAGCCAUUUUAUACUAUCGACCUAAAUUCCAGUCUAACAGUUCCUUUACAAAGUUGCGUAAAGCCCCCUUAUAUGCUAGUUGUAGGAAAUAUAGUUAUUAAACCAGACUCCCAGACUAUAACCUGUGAAAAUUGUAGAUUGCUUACUUGCGUUGACUCAACUUUUAAUUGGCAACACCGUAUUCUGCUGGUGAGAGCAAGAGAGGGCGUGUGGAUCCCUGUGUCCAUGGACCGACCGUGGGAGGCCUCGCCAUCCAUCCAUAUUUUGACUGAAGUAUUAAAAGGUGUUUUAAAUAGAUCCAAAAGAUUCAUUUUUACUUUAAUUGCAGUGAUUAUGGGAUUAAUUGCAGUCACAGCUACGGCUGCUGUAGCAGGAGUUGCAUUGCACUCUUCUGUUCAGUCAGUAAACUUUGUUAAUGAUUGGCAAAAAAAUUCUACAAGAUUGUGGAAUUCACAAUCUAGUAUUGAUCAAAAAUUGGCAAAUCAAAUUAAUGAUCUUAGAGAAACUGUCAUUUGGAUGGGAGACAGACUCAUGAGCUUAGAACAUCGUUUCCAGUUACAGUGUGACUGGAAUACAUCAGAUUUUUGUAUUACACCCCAAAUUUAUAAUGAGUCUGAGCAUCACUGGGACAUGGUUAGACGCCAUCUACAGGGAAGAGAAGAUAAUCUCACUUUAGACAUUUCCAAAUUAAAAGAACAAAUUUUCGAAGCAUCGAAAGCCCAUUUAAAUUUGGUGCCAGGAACUGAAGCAAUUGCAGGAGUUGCUGAUGGCCUCGCAAAUCUUAACCCUGUCACUUGGGUUAAGACCAUUGGAAGUACUACGAUUAUAAAUCUCAUAUUAAUCCUUGUGUGCCUGUUUUGUCUGUUGUUAGUCUGCAGGUGUACCCAACAGCUCCGAAGAGACAGCGACCAUCGAGAACGGGCCAUGAUGACGAUGGCGGUUUUGUUGAAAAGAAAAGGGGGAAAUGUGGGGAAAAGCAAGAGAGAUCAGAUUGUUACUGUGUCUAUGUAGAAAGAAGUAGACAUAGGAGACUCCAUUUUGUUCUGUACUAAGAAAAAUUCUUCUGCCUUGAGAUUCUGUUAAUCUAUAACCUUACCCCCAACCCCGUGCUCUCUGAAAUGUGUGCUGUGUCAACUCAGAGUUAAAUGGAUUAAGGGCGGUGCAAGAUGUGCUUUGUUAAACAAAUGCUUGAAUGCAGCAUGCUCCUUAAGAGUCAUCACCAGUCCCUAAUCUCAAGUACCCAGGGACACAAAAACUGCGGAAGGCCGCAGGGACCUCUGCCUAGGAAAGCCAGGUAUUGUCCAAGGUUUCUCCCCAUGUGAUAGUCUGAAAUAUGGCCUCGUGGGAAGGGAAAGACCUGACCGUCCCCCAGCCUGACACCCGUAAAGGGUCUGUGCUGAGGAGGAUUAGUAAAAGAGGAAGGAAUGCCUCUUGCAGUUGAGACAAGAGGAAGGCAUCUGUCUCCUGCCUGUCCCUGGGCAAUGGAAUGUCUCGGUAUAAAACCCGAUUGUAUGCUCCAUCUACUGAGAUAGGGAAAAACCGCCUUAGGGCCGGAGGUGGGACCUGCGGGCAGCAAUACUGCUUUGUAAAGCAUUGAGAUGUUUAUGUGUACAUCUGGUGCCCAACGUGGAGGCUUUUCUCUAGGGUGAAGGUAUGCUUGAGCGUGGUCAUUGAGGACAAGUCGACGAGAGAUCCCGAGUACGUCUACAGUCAGCCUUACGGUAAGCUUGUGCGCUCGGAAGAAGCUAGGGUGAUAAUGGGGCAAACUAAAAGUAAAAUUAAAAGUAAAUAUGCCUCUUAUCUCAGCUUCAUUAAAAUUCUUUUAAAAAGAGGGGGAGUUAAAGUAUCUACAAAAAAUCUAAUCAAGCUAUUUCAAAUAAUAGAACAAUUUUGCCCAUGGUUUCCAGAACAAGGAACUUUAGAUCUAAAAGAUUGGAAAAGAAUUGGUAAGGAACUAAAACAAGCAGGUAGGAAGGGUAAUAUCAUUCCACUUACAGUAUGGAAUGAUUGGGCCAUUAUUAAAGGAGCUUUAGAACCAUUUCAAACAGAAGAAGAUAGCGUUUCAGUUUCUGAUGCCCCUGGAAGCUGUUUAAUAGAUUGUAAUGAAAAGACAAGGAAAAAAUCCCAGAAAGAAAUGGAAAGUUUACAUUGCGAAUAUGUAGCAGAGCCGGUAAUGGCUCAGUCAAUGCAAAAUGUUGACUAUAAUCAAUUACAGGAGGUGAUAUAUCCUGAAACGUUAAAAUUAGAAGGAAAAGGUCCAGAAUUAGUGGGGCCAUCAGAGUCUAAACCACGAGGCACAAGUCCUCUUCCAGCAGGUCAGGUGCCUGUAACAUUACAACCUCAAACGCAGGUUAAAGAAAAUAAGACCCAAUCGCCAGUAGCUUAUCAAUACUGGCCGCCGGCUGAACUUCAUUAUCGGCCACCCCCAGAAAGUCAGUAUGGAUAUCCAGGAAUGCCCCCAGCACCACAGGGCAGGGCGCCAUACCCUCAGCCGCCCACUAGGAGACUUAAUCCUACGGCACCACCUAGUAGACAGGGUAGUGAAUUACAUGAAAUUAUUGAUAAAUCAAGAAAGGAAGGAGAUACUGAGGCGUGGCAAUUCCCAGUAACGUUAGAACUGAUGCCACCUGGAGAAGGAGCCCAAGAGGGAGAGCCUCUCACAGUUGAGGCCAGAUACAAGUCUGUUUCGAUAAAAAUGCUAAAAGAUAUGAAAGAGGGAGUAAAACAGUAUGGACCCAACUCCCCUUAUAUGAGGACAUUAUUAGAUUCCAUUGCUCAUGGACAUAGACUCAUUCCUUAUGAUUGGGAGAUUCUGGCAAAAUCGUCUCUCUCACCCUCUCAAUUUUUACAAUUUAAGACUUGGUGGAUUGAUGGGGUACAAGAACAGGUCCGAAGAAAUAGGGCUGCCAAUCCUCCAGUUAACAUAGAUGCAGAUCAACUAUUAGGAACAGGUCAAAAUUGGAGCACUAUUAGUCAACAAGCAUUAAUGCAAAAUGAGGCCAUUGAGCAAGUUAGAGCUAUCUGCCUUAGAGCCUGGGAAAAAAUCCAAGACCCAGGAAGCGCCUGCCCCUCAUUUAAUACAAUAAGACAAGACUCAAAAGAGCCCUACCCUGAUUUUGUGGCAAGGCUCCAAGAUGUUGCUCAAAAGUCAAUUGCCGAUGAAAAAGCCCGUAAGGUCAUAGUGGAGUUGAUGGCAUAUGAAAACGCCAAUCCUGAGUGUCAAUCAGCCAUUAAGCCAUUAAAAGAAAGGUUCCUGAAGGAUCAGAUGUAAUCUCAGAAUAUGUAAAAGCCUGUGAUGGAAUCGGAGGAGCUAUGCAUAAAGCUAUGCUUAUGGCUCAAGCAAUAACAGGAGUUGUUUUAGGAGGACAAGUUAGAACAUUUGGAGGAAAAUGUUAUAAUUGUGGUCAAAUUGGUCACUUAAAAAAGAAUUGCCCAGUCUUAAAUAAACAGAAUAUAACUAUUCAAGCUACUACCACAACAGGUAGAGAGCCACCUGACUUAUGUCCAAGAUGUAAAAAAGGAAAACAUUGGGCUAGUCAAUGUCGUUCUAAAUUUGAUAAAAAUGGGCAACCACUGUCGGGAAAUGAGCAAAGAGGCCAGCCUCAGGCCCCACAACAAACUGGGGCAUUCCCAAUUCAGCCAUUUGUUCCUCAGGGUUUUCAGGGACAACAACCCCCACUGCCCCAAGUGUUUCAAGGAAUAAGCCAGUUACCACAAUACAACAAUUGUCCCCCGCCACAAGUGGCAGUGCAGCAGUAGAUUUAUGUACUAUACAAGCAGUCUCUCUGCUUCCAGGAGAGCCCCCACAAAAAAUCCCCACAGGGGUAUAUGGCCCCCUGCCUGAGGGGACUGUAGGACUAAUCUUGGGAAGAUCAAGUCUAAAUCUAAAAGGAGUUCAAAUUCAUACUAGUGUGGUUGAUACAGACUAUAAAGGUGAAAUUCAAUUGGUUAUUAGCUCUUCAAUUCCUUGGAGUGCCAGUCCAGGAGACAGGAUUGCUCAAUUAUUACUCCUGCCAUAUAUUAAGGGUGGGAAUAGUGAAAUAAAAAGAAUAGGAGGGUUUGGAAGCACUGAUCCGACAAAAAAGGCUGCUUAUUGGGCAAGUCAGGUCUCAGAGAACAGACCUGUGUGUAAGGCCAUUAUUCAAGGAAAACAGUUUGAAGGGUUGGUAGACACUGGAGCAGAUGUCUCUAUCAUUGCUUUAAAUCAGUGGCCAAAAAAUUGGCCUAAACAAAAGGCUGUUACAGGACUUGUCGGCAUAGGCACAGCCUCAGAAGUGUAUCAAAGUACUGAGAUUUUACAUUGCUUAGGGCCAGAUAAUCAAGAAAGUACUGUUCAGCCAAUGAUUACUUCAAUUCCUCUUAAUCUGUGGGGUCGAGAUUUAUUACAACAAUGGGGUGUGGAAAUCACCAUGCCCGCUCCAUUAUAUAGCCGCACGAGUCAAAAAAUCAUGACCAAGAUGGGAUAUAUACCAGGAAAGGGACUAGGAAAAAAUGAAGAUGGCAUUAAAGUUCCAGUUGAGGCUAAAAUAAAUCAAGAAAGAGAAGGAAUAGGGUAUCCUUUUUAGGGGCGGCCACUGUAGAGCCUCCUAAACCCAUACCAUUAACUUGGAAAACAGAAAAACCGGUGUGGGUAAAUCAGUGGCCACUACCAAAACAAAAACUGGAGGCUUUACAUUUAUUAGCAAAUGAACAGUUAGAAAAGGGUCAUAUUGAGCCUUCAUUCUCGCCUUGGAAUUCUCCUGUGUUUGUAAUUCAGAAGAAAUCAGGCAAAUGGCGUAUGUUAACUGACUUAAGGGCCGUAAACGCAGUAAUUCAACCCAUGGGGCCUCUCCAACCCGGGUUGCCCUCUCCGGCCAUGAUCCCAAAAGACUGGCCUUUAAUUAUAAUUGAUCUAAAGGACUGCUUUUUUACCAUCCCUCUGGCAGAGCAGGAUUGCGAAAAAUUUGCCUUUACUAUAGCAGCCAUAAAUAAUAAAGAACCAGCCACCAGGUUUCAGUGGAAAGUGCUACCUCAGGGAAUGCUUAAUAGUCCAACUAUUUGUCAGACUUUUGUAGGUCGAGCUCUUCAACCAGUUAGAGACAAGUUUUCAGACUGUUAUAUUAUUCAUUAUAUUGAUGAUAUUUUAUGUGCUGCAGAAACGAGAGAUAAAUUAAUUGACUGUUAUACAUUUCUGCAAGCAGAGGUUGCCAACGCAGGACUGGCAAUAGCAUCUGAUAAGAUCCAAACCUCUACUCCUUUUCAGUAUUUAGGGAUGCAGAUGGAAAAUAGAAAAAUUAAGCCACAAAAAAUAGAAAUAAGAAAAGACACAUUAAAAACACUAAAUGAUUUUCAAAAAUUGCUGGGAGAUAUUAAUUGGAUUCGGCCAACUCUAGGCAUUCCUACUUAUGCCAUGUCAAAUUUGUUCUCUAUCUUAAGAGGAGACUCAGACUUAAAUAGUAAAAGAAUGUUAACCCCAGAGGCAACAAAAGAAAUUAAAUUAGUGGAAGAAAAAAUUCAGUCAGCGCAAAUAAAUAGAAUAGAUCCCUUAGCCCCACGUUGGGCGCCAGAU